UCAAGAUGGCGUAGGUUCCGAACAUGGGCUGGUUUGUGGUUUUUGUCGUUUUGAUCGGUGUUUUCUUCGCAGGACUGUCUUUCAAGUCUCUUUGCCUCUAUUUUAUUGUCACUAGCGUGAGUUUUGGCUUGACAUAUUUAUUUGUCACAAAUAAAUGGGGACUGGAUGGUUUAUUCGAAGAACUAUUUAAGAUUCUCGAGCUGUUCGGUUUCGGAGCGCCCCAUCGUCUUGAAAACAGAAUUCCUUACUCGCCUCCCUUCACAUAUGGUUAUUAUCACCAUCAGGAUGAGAUUCCUAGGCGUUUAGAGGAAUGUUUCAAAAAGUUAAUAGAAAAUAUUAUUCGUGACUUCAUACGUUCAUGGUACAAAGAUGUUGGAGAAGGAGAAGACUUCAUCUCCGAAACCAGGGAUUCUCUGGAGAUGUUGUGUUUGGAAGGAUACAGACGUGCGUCGCAGAUUGAUUCUCACUACAUGAUUGAACAAGCCUUGAUUGUUUUUCAUGGACAUCUAGAAAGGUUUAAUAAAGCAAUGGCGAUCGUGAAGGCAAAAGACCCAAAACUAAGGCUCAACAUUAGUUCCUCGCAACUUCUUUGUCAAACGUACGAAUCACAGUUAACUUCCAAAGUACCAUCUCUUUUGAAUCCAUCUGAAGAACUCAGUUACUUGAGGAAUGUUAUUGAUUCACUAUUAGCAGCAAUGAGUCCAAAAGAAACCUAUGGUUGUGACACAGGGAGAUUCAUUUUACGAGAAAUUUUAACUGUGCAAGUGGUGGUACCUCUAGUGGGACUUUUGACAGACCCAGACAGGAUAAGUCAGGCAGUGAUUGAUAUUUUGUCAGAUGAUGAUGAUACGGGGAGAAACGAAGUUGGUAAGCCGGUUAUUAGAGGGGAUCAACCUGUUAUGGAAAAUUGUGAUGAACCCAGGAAUGCUGUGAAACCACAGAUUGCUGAAAAGAUGCCAACAGCCCCAGUGACAGAAAACACGAGACCAGAUCAUGCUAAGGAGAAGCCAAAGAAGGAAGGAAUGAAAAAUAUCCCCAGAAAAGAAAGUAAGGAAUCUAUUGAUGACCCAGGAGAGAGGUUUGAAAUUAUGUCUCCAAGAAGUGAAGAAAACCUUGAUUUUAAAUGGUCAGUAAGCUCUCAAAGGCAGCCUCCAGUAGGAGAGAGUCAGCAUGACAACUCAGAGUCCUUUUUGAUUAUUUCAGUUGAAGAGAAUAAAGAGGAAUUCAGUAAAAAGGACAGGCAAAGUCCAUGUGAAGGAAACUGGUCAACAGAGGUUGUUCCACCUUCUUCCAUAGAAAACCUGACUUCCUGUGGCCUGUCAUCCCCUUGGGGAAUUUGUCCAUCUUCCCAGGACAGAUCUUUUAACACACAUAGUUUUGAAGAAAUAAAAGCGAAUCUCUCAAAAGUUGAAAAAUUUGGAGGAAUUGGAAACAGUUUGAAAGAACUAACUUGCUGUCACAAAUUUGAAGAAAGUGGUAAUCAGACAGUGAACUACCAUAUGUCAAAACAACAGAAUAAUGGUGAUGAGGAACGUGAUGUUUCUGAAGAAGAGCUGUUUCCAAAGGUUAGAACACGAAGCUUGUCUCUUCCAGGAUGUGAUGAACUGUUGGAAGAUAGACCUAAUGGCAAACUCAUUAGAUCUGUCAGUGUACCCAGCAAGUUGGCAAUAGCAGAUUUCAAUGACCCUAGAAAAUAUUUCACUCCAAAUAACCCAAAAAGGUUUUGCAACCCACAGUUAUAUGGUAGGAGCUUCUGUAGCAGCUCAGACAGCUUUAAGUCAAUGUCAAGUGAAGAAGAACUUUUAGAUGGAUAUGUUGAGAGAGGGGAAGAAGCACUUGAGUGUUUUGAAGAAGUUAGUUACAGUGCAGGUUCUCACUGGAGUGGUGCAAGACAGAGAAUUACUAAACAAGCUUCCUUUGAGGAGUCCCAGGAGAAACAGAUAUCCAAUUCAUCUCCAGGAGCUUUCGCUAGCUCUAAAGACAUAUUGCCCAUCAACAAUGACAGAUUAAGAAGCACCAAAAAAGCAGUGCAAAAUCAAAAGGACAUAUCAGACUUAGCAGACAUCAAGGAAUCCUCUUGGGAAGGUGAGGUAAAAUAUCACCCUGGCCAUGGUGCUAUCCCUCAAAAAAAGCCAUUACGCUUUGGAUUUGGAGGACACAAUACAGAAUCAUCCUUUGGCGAUGCUUUUUUAACUGCAGGAAAGAAACUUGUCAACAUCAUGAAGUUUGAUAGCCUGAGCAGCAGUAGUGCAAAGUCAACAGAAACAAGCUCCCUUUCAGGAAGUGAAUCCCUGGAUUACACCUCAGGGAUUCAAAGCAAAGUGGCAGCCAAGGAAGAUUCUUUACACACAGCAACAUACAGUUCAAUUAGUGGGAGACGGUUAUCAAGAAGUGAUGCUGUGAUUCAAGAAUCCAUUGAUAGUGAUGGAGAGGCAUGUUAUGGAACACCAAGAGAGGAACAUGUGCAAGAGAUUGGGGAUAUGAACAAGAGGGGAGAAACAGUAGAUGGAAGUGACAUGGGAAUGGUGAAGAGAAUGCACCCUAGUCAAUUGAUUACCAUUCCCAGCACAAUUGUAGCACUUGAGACAAGUUGGGAACCAGGCAGAAACAAGUAUACACUGUACAAAAUAGAGUACGAUAUUAGGAUUUGGAAUGAUGUGUACAAAGCAGCGAUUAAGGAAGCGAAGAAUGCAGCAAAGAAAGAAAUGACAAAGAGAAAUCUUUAUGCUGGUAACGAUAAUCUGCUAGAAGAUGUAGAAAUUUCAAUGGAUGUGAUCAAGAGAAGUGUUCCCUUGAAGCGAGUGAUAAACCGACGUUAUAGAGAAUUUAUGGAGCUUCAUAAUCGUUUAACUGGUGGAAAUCUGUCAGUUUACAUGAAAGAUAUUCUGAAACCCAACAGAAAAUACAAUCUGCCAUUUGGAAGACUUGACCCUCAUGUGGUAGAGGGAAGAAGAGAGCUGCUGCAACAUUAUUUAUGGAGCCUAAUUUUCAAACCAGCAUUACGCAGUAGUGAAGACUUAAAGCAGUUUCUUGGUGUGAUGGGAGGGGAGCAGAUUUCUUUCAUUAAACCAAGUGUAGCACAGAUUGUGAGCCAGUCCGUUCAUGUUCCACGCGUUGACAAGAUGCUGAGUCGGCAAAUGACCAAAGUUUUUGACAGUAUCAAGACUGCAUUCGAUUCAGUUGAAGAAGAAGAGAAAGUAUCUGAGGAAUGUGCCACUGCUAGCAGUGACGAUGUAGUUAUUCCAUGGAAACUAACCUGUUAUCAGGAUGGUGCUUCUGGAAAACCAGAAAUUGGUUAUGGUCAAGAGAGUACUACAACAGAGUCUUACUUCUUGGCAUUUCUUGCUGAUUGUGAGGAGUUCACUCCACCCACUCCACCAUCACCAAUUCAGUACAAAAAUGGUGAUGAACAAGGUGGACUUCACUUUUGGAAGGAAAAGUUGGCCAAGAAAGUGGCAGAUUUUGACACCGAGGAAGAAGCUUCCUUGUGGAAUACAUGUCAGUCAUUAGGACCUCGCACAGCUGGUGAUGGAAGUGACAAUCCUGAUGGCCCUAUUCCUGUACAUUGUGAUUUACAACCUGCUCUAGAGGACCGGGGAGUAUCCUUCCAACGAGAAUGCUCAGAAGCCAUCUUCAAGAAGCAUCUGGAUAGUAAACAUUUACCAAACAACUCAGAAGCACCUAGGUCUCUUGGAUUGGCUGUAAAUCAACCUGCUCCAAGGAGCAAGUCCAUGGAGGAGAUUGCCUCUGCACCAUCUACCAGCAAGUUCCAGUUCAAGCCACAAAAGAUUUUGGAAGCUUUUGGGCAGGGAAACAGGAGUGAAUCUCUUGAGAACCUUGAUACACUGUCCACUUCUAAAGAGAAGAAACCAGGUGCCUUCAAGAAAUGUCUGAAAGACAAUUCAAUACCCAUUCUUAGUGCAAAUCUUAAGAAGCAAAAAAUUACACCUGUUGGUAUAAGUGCAGAAAACACUCUUUCUUCCAAGGAGUCACUACUUCAUCCAGAGGAUCCUUGCCUAGUCUCGAAAACAGACCAGCCAAAUGAUCAUGACAGUGGGUCUCAUGUGGAGAGGAGCUCAGUGGCUGGGUCAGACCUUCAGUGUCCUCUUUCAGACACCAUUCUUACUCUGUUGUGUGAGCUUCUUAAAGAACACAGAUCUUGGUUGACAAUUGAUAGAGUUCAGCAAGCCUUCAUGGCCAGUUUGGGUGGGCUGUUUGAAUGGAAAAUUCAAAGUGGAAUAGAUGACAUCACCACUGAUGACAGCUGGGCACUGUAUCUUAAUAAGCUCAAUGAAGCGAUAUGGCCUGGUGGAAAGCUUCUUGAUGGGCUUGAAACACCAAAAAGUGAGCUGGAAAAGUCCAAAACAAGAAAAGAAGCUGUGCAUGCCUUGAUGAAUGCAUUCCCAGGUUUUAUCAUGUUGUUGAUUGGUCCCCAAGUUUACCAUCAGACUGCUGUGAACAUUAUUGACUCUGUGCAAUAUCCCCAAAUCAACAAGUUCUUGGUGUACACCUUGUUGGAGUUGCUAUUUUCAGAAUUUGUGCCAGAAAUUCAAGACAGCUUACAGUUCUUUAGACGUGUAACAAGAGAAUAGUAACUUGUGAUGUAAAACUUAGUAUAGUAUUGGAGGAACAAAUAGUUAAGACCCCUUCGCUGUGUACAGUGCUCGAAAUUAGGAAAAAAUCCAGGUUGCCCUUAGGGCAAAUGCUGGACAACCAAGCCCCUAGCUUUGGUUACCCUGGUGAGAACUUGGUUGCCCGAUCUCGUCUUUUUUUAAAAUUUUUUUUAAUGUUUCUUUCUCACUUUCUUUCUUUUCAUUGGUGUUUCACCUUUUAAUGGUAACAGUAAUAACUUUAGUUCUGUAGCGGUAUAACCAUAAUUAUUCUCUCGAAUAAGCGCCCUUGCUCUAAUAAGUGCCCUCCUUCGAAUGGUGGCUUGUUGUGGGUUGCGAUUUUGUUGCUGUUGUGCUGAGUGACUUUACAUGUGCAGUUUCUAAAAUCGGGUCCUAUUUCACAGUGAAAUGUUGUACUAGAGAAUGGAAGAAACCGCCACUUUGACCGGUACACUGCUGCAAUCCUAUGUGGCACACAAAUAGACGACCCAAAUGCGCCCAUUCACCAUCCCUUUCGGCUACUUGUCAACGGUUAGUCUCGGGAGAUUAAGGGCUGGUAGUGCAGUAUCGAAAGAAUCGAUACUGUAUGCGUUGCUGGUAUCAGCCUAUCCUUGCUUAUUGAAUCGAGCGAACGGCGUUAAUGAAUUAUCACAACCUUCCUGUGUGGAUCCAUCUAUCAGUAUCAGAAGAUAAACCUCACAUUUUAGGCUAUUUUCAUGUCUCAAGUUUAUAGCUUUUGUUCUUUAUUCUGUUAGGCAUCACAGUAAUGCAAGUACUUCGAUUUUUUCCUGCCUUUAUUUUUCCUGAAAUCUGGUCGCCCGAACGAAGUUUUAGUGUUGUCUCGGGCAACCGCUAAUUUCGAGCACUAUGUAUGGAGAUGAUCAUUUGGUUGAGCAAUGCUACUUGGUUUUUUUAUUAACUAAAUUUUAUUUUAUUUGAAAUGUGAAGUGUUACAGAGGCUUUGGUAAAUUAUUUAACACAGUGAUGAAGAGUAAGAAUGAAAACAUGUCAGAUUAAUAGCUCACCUAGUAAUCCGCAUUGUGCAGUGCCUGUGCUGUUGUAAAUCUUUGGUAGUCAUCUUAAUAACUGGCUACAUGUUGCAUUUGGUACUGGGCAUCAGUAACUUGCAUAUUAUGGCAUAUAGGCUGAUUGUCUCCACCCAUUUACUAAGUUAGGUAUUAUUCUAGAUGAACUUUGAAUUGGUGGUGACUGGCGUGGUUUAAUUAAAUCAAAAAAAAAUUAUUGAAUUUUUAUGCAGAUUUGAUCUUUUGUUUAUAUUGCAUCUGAUGAAUUUUCAGGUGAAUUGUCAGAAGUAAGAAAUAUAUCUUAUUUAAUGUACAAUCAAAGAUAUUAGUUAAAUAUAGCUUAUUUAUGAUUUGUCAAUUUUAAUUUUUCUCUUCCUUACAAGUGGGACAAAAGCAGGUCUUGACAGUAUUGAGAAAACAUCAACAAACAGAAUUUGAGAAUCUUUGCAUAGAUAUUUUAAUUUCAAUAGGACAAAGUUAAAGCAUUCACUCCCUGCCUAAGGGAUGCUUGUUUCGCAUUGUUGCAUUAAAUCUAGUUUAAAAUCACCAAUUUAAAAACAUGCAAUAGAGUUAAGUGAAUGAAGAAACAUUAACAAAGAUAACAUGCCUAAUGUUGAUUUAUGUAACUCUAUCAGAUGAACUUAUUAUCCUAGAAUAUAAUAAUUAUUUUCUUCAUAAUGGUGUCAAGAUGACGCUGAAAGUUUUAGUUUUAAUGAACUCUCUUUUUGUUUUGUUUUUUAUUGCUGAAAUGUUUUAUGUAGCCUGUUCAUAAAAUGACAAAGUUUCCUUUGUAGGGACCUUUCUCAUUUUAUGAACAGGCUACAUAAUUUUUAUGGUCUUAAUGUAUAUUUAAAAAUAAUCAUUAAGCGAUCUGCUUUUCAUAAUGAUGCUUCUAAUUAUGAGGGCCUUCACCCUCACUAUGCACUUUAUGUUUGGGUUUCCUCUUAAAAAAAAUAUAAUUUUUUUCUAAAUUUUGAAUUACAUUCCUUAUAAAUGGUCUCCAGUAAAUGUUAUCUUUGCGGACAGAGUAUGUACCUGAUUUUAACUGGCUAAAUUUAUUUUCCUGGAAAGCCUCAGGUAAGGUAUUUGUUUACAAUAAGGUUUCAUAUUUAGUAUCUAGAAAACUAUAGUUAAGGGAGAGUUUUCCAAAGACUUGUACUAUGGAGAUACAUCUCACGUACAAAGAAUGGGCCAGGAUAGGACUAAGUUGAAUUAGGUCAGGAUCCCCUUCUGUUGGAAUUUCCUUAAAACAGGUUUCUUUUUACUCCCAAAGACCAUUUUCAUAAACAUGCACUGGGAGAAAAUGUAUAAUUAAUUAUUGAUCUGAUAUUGCAUUGCCUAUCUUUAAAAGUUCCUUGCUUUAGCAGCUUCAGAACAAAACAAAACAAAAAAACAACAAAUACAGUUAUCAUUUCAGUUUCUAAAUUCAAAUAUUUUUUAAUUUGACAGUGCUUAUGUAGGCUGUUCCAAUUAAUUUUACCUAAUUCUGAAGUUCCUUUCUUUAAAGAAAAUACAGGGGAUGUAAAAUGAACUUUAGACAUGCUCAGUUUACAGACUUCUGUACAUACAUUUUUAUCCAUUUUUACUGAGAUAAGUAGGAUAGCUUUUUGGUGAUCCUUCUCAACUAUUGUGAAUUAUAAUUAUUUUUAUUAUACAGUCAUAAAUUAAUGGACUGGCCCAUUUUGACAAAGGAAGAGGGGAUGGGUAUGUGGGCCUGUAGGCUGUCAGAUUUAAUUCUACUUUUUCAUAACCUUUCAAUCCAACUUGAAAUGUUCUCUAUUUGUACUGUAUAUUAUUGUUUACCAAUUUUCAUUCACAAUGCAUUUGUCAUUUUGUCUCUUCUGAUUUCCUCAUUUAGGGGUUAAUGGUAGGCAGCAUUUUGUUGCUGCCCUCUCGUUUCUGCCCUCAUGUGGACAUUAACAGAGGAAUUCCGUCAUUUGAAUCAUUUAUGUCUGCUAGCUUACAGUCAUUCUUCUCCUGAUCAUUCAGGGGUCUUUUAUCAGCUUCACAGCAACUUUUGCAUAUCACUACAUACCGUUCUGUUUAAUCUGAAGGAGUCACCUUAUUGUUUUUAACACCUGACAUCAGUUAUGUUCAGAAAUGCAUUCCAUAUAAAGAAAAUUUCUGCCUGACCUAAUUUUGUCUCCGUUUCAGAUGACAUUGUUUUUCUGGGUGCCCAUAGUCCAAAAAAAGUCAUUGCCUUUAACAUGUAUAUUAAGAGCAAUUUACCAGUAAAUCAAGAAUCUAUUAAAUGUAAUGUAUUUAAGAGAGGAUAAUUAUAUGAAAGUACCUAGGUUCCUAACUAUUGUUGUGAGUCUCAAAAUUAGUUAUUAAAUAUGAAAAUCAAUUCAUGUUUCAGUUCUUUGCAUGUUGUAAUUUAACCCGAGUGGGGUAAAGAAAAGAGUAACAGUGAAAAAAUAAAGAUUUGAACAUGUGA